CUAAUUAAUUAAUGGCGACUAUGACCUCUGUAAGUUGCUCUCAUUUCUCUAUUGUCUUAGUCAUGCUGCUCUUUGUGUGCGACCGUAUAGGCAACUGUGUCCAGGGGCAAGUGGCAGAAGUUGCUUCAACCUAAUUGUCUUUCUCAGCUCGUACUGUCCUCAAAUGACUUUCUCUCUGUCUCAACUCUCCCCUCCCUCCCUUGCUCUGUAGCUCUGCCCAGUCUCUGUCUCCGUCUGUAACUGUAGCCUGUGUUUUUCUCUCCCUCCCACUCCCUGCGACGUAUAGAUACUGCAUUGAUCAGACACACGCACGCAGACACAUGCACACACACGCACACACUGAGCCUCCCACUCCUUUUAUCAUUGAUUCGCUCUGCUCUCUCUUUCUCUCCCCUCUCAUUCUCUUUAUCCCUCUCUCGCUCUCUCGCUCUCUCUCUCUCUCUCUCUGUGUGUCUCUCACUCGCACUCUUCCUUGCUCUCUCUUUCCCUCUUUCUCUACAGUGGCACUUGUUGAAUUCAACCCUUGGAGAAUAGAGAGAGGGGAGAGAAACAGAGGGAGAGAUAAUGACAGGGAGGUAGAGGGAGGCUUUUGAGAACAGAGACAGUGAGCAGAGAGAAUGGGGAUUUGGAGGGUAGACCGAUAGAGGAAAGGCUGGGUGAGGAGAGACACAGAAAAGUCAGUCAGACAGCGGAGAGAAUCAUCUCUGAAGCAGCGGGGAUGACAUUUUAAGUGAAAGAGAGCGUCGGCCAGACGGAGCACAUCAGAGUGCUCCCCCUCCAUCUCUAACUGCACUUCGGCUGUCCUGCUCCUGACUGCUGCUGCUGGUGUGUUUGUGCGUUUCAAGGCUCCAUGGUGCUUCUUAACCCGAGGACUGUCUCACACAGGUCAGAACUGUCUGGCAAAACAAUGCCUCUCUCAGCGGCAGAGUCUGCAUUGAAUAUCUGAAGCCUCAUCUUCCUCUUUCUCUCGGCCAACAUGUCCCAGCUGCUCCAUGUGGAGAUACCGAACUUUGGAGCCACAGUUCUGGGCUCCCUUAAUGAGCAGCGCCUGCUGGGACAUUACUGCGAUGUAUCCAUUGUGGUCAAAGGUCAGGCAUUCAAAGCCCACCGGGCCGUCUUGGCUGCCAGCAGCCUUUACUUUCGUGACCUCUUCAGCAGCUCCACCAAGACAGAGUUUGAGUUGCCCUCCUCAGUCACACCUGCUUGCUUUGAGCAGAUCCUCAGUUUCUGCUAUACAGGGAAGCUAACAAUGGCAGCUAGCGAACAGCUGGUGGUCAUGUACACAGCUGGCUACCUCCAAAUUCAGCAUAUAGUUGAAAGAGGCAUGGACCUAAUGUUCAAAGCCAACUCACCUCACUGUGACUCACAAACAGCAGGGUCUUUAGAGGAAACAGGAUCCGAACCGCAGAGUCCUUCCAAUAACGGUAAUGGCCUCGCAGUGGCCGCCCUUCUGGGAACCCAAGGCUGGUCUCCAUCUCUACUCCUGCCACAACGCAAGAUUAAACUUGAAGGGGGUGAACCAACACCCUUGACGAUACCCUCGACACAAAGCAAGUUUUCAUCUUCGGAAUUGGGUAGUCGGCUGGCCAGGGCCAGUUCACUGUUCUACGCGACGGCUGGAGGGACCCCAGUUCCUGGUCUGCCUCCUUACCACCUUCAAGGGCCUGUCGGAGGUGGAGCAGGAGGAGCAGGAGUGGAAAGGUCCAGUCCUGGAGCAUCCAGCCUGCCCACCACUGACAGCCCGACAUCCUACCAGAAUGAGGAUGAGGAGUUUGAGGAAGAGCCAUAUGAUGGGAUCACAGAGGAUGCCUAUAGUCAUCUCUAUGGGCGUGCAGCUAACCACUAUGGGAUCCAGGACAAAACCGAUAUGGCAGCGUUGCCCUUGGCCUUGGAGAACCGCAACUGUGUGCUGAUCCGCCGGGACCUGGUGGCACUGCCUGCAAGCCUCAUCAGCCAGAUAGGCUACCGCUGCCACCCUAAGCUCUACACAGAGGGAGACCCCGGAGAGAAGCUGGAACUCGUAGCCGGUACACAGGUAUUCAUGACUCGAGGCCAGUUGAUGAACUGCCAUCUAUGUGCCGGUAUCAAACACAAAGUGUUGCUCCGCCGUCUGCUAGCUACAUUCUUUGAUAGAAACACUUUAGCCAAUAGCUGUGGGACAGGUAUCCGGUCCUCUACUAGUGACCCCAGUCGGAAACCCCUGGACAGCAGGGUCCUCAACGCUGUAAAACUCUACUGUCAAAAUUUCAACCCUAACUUCAAGGAGAGUGAAAUGAAUGUGAUUGCCGCCGACAUGUGCACAAAUGCAAGGCGUGUCCGCAAGCGAUGGUUACCCAAGAUCAAAUCCAUGCUGCCUGACGGCAUGGAGGUGUACCGCGCAGGAAUGGGCAUGGGUGCUGCUGUGGGUCUGGGCCUGGCACUGGGAGCCCCUCAAGCAGGGGUACCCCUCCCCUUCGAGCCAGACUUCAAGACCCUGGAGCAAAGGUUGUAUCCAGAUCGCAAAGAUCCUCUCAGGACUCGAGCACCGCUGACAGAGGGCAGUCCCGGCUCUGGGGCGGCUGGAGCAGAGGCUGAAGGCGAAGGUGAAGGAGUCAUACAGGAAGAGCAGGAGGAAGAUGAGGAUGAAGCUGGGCUAGAAGGUGUAGAAGGAUCACUGGGGGCACCGGCUUUGAUUCCAGGUGCUGAGGUGGGCAACUGUGGUGACACGCACAUGUCACACGAGCAACAAGUGGAGAGUUUUGAUCAAGGUCUGAGGGUGACUGGACAGUGAAUGCCUCUCACACAGUAAAAUCUAACACCACAUUUUCUUUGGCAUGCAUCUCCUCCAGCACUCUUUCUUCUCGUCUGUGCUUCCUCAUCAGGAAAUAUCGGCACAAAACGCUGCGCUCAAAGAUUUCACUAACAAAAGAUUCGUCACACAUGCAUGUGCAUUUGUGUGCUUGUGUACACACAUACUUACUGAUGGGGGAAGUGGACACAGGCAUGGCGUUAGCACACGGAGGCAUUCACUGAUUUCCACCGUUUUCUUUCGUGAACGCAAAUGUGUGCACUCGGUAUUUUAGCUCUCGUGGCAACAUAAGCAAGGCCUGACUUCAGUGCAACAGAGAAGCAUCAGACGUGUGCUGCCAGUGCAUAGAAUGUAAUAUAAUGGCAUGUAAAACAAUUCACUUUUCCUUUGAAGUUGCGUUUGCAAAACUUGGAGGGGAGGGGGGGGAUACAAAUUGGACAAAACACAGCUUUCAUAAAAAGUGAAGGUCAACUACUGUAUUCACACACAAAUAAAAUGAGCAUUUUUGUUUCCUGAUGAAUCAGGACACCCGUUCAUGAUGAAGACGAGAAAAGAUUUUCUGGGAAGCCUAAAGACUUCACCAAAAUCUAACAAAUAGUCUGUCACAUGGACUUGUUUUCUCAUGCAUACUUUCCCAUGACACAUUGGAUUAGAUUGUCAAUGUGAUGCCUGUGUCUGCUCCAGAAGGCCCCUCCCAGUCACACACGAACACACAUGUCCUCACAUUUCUUACCUUAUGAUACCAGUCUCUCGGAAAAAAGAAAAGAAAGUGACACUUGUGUUAACGUCAACGACUCCUUUUCUCGAUGACCCGUUCCCGUCUUACCGUCACAGUGAGAGACACGGACAAGAACAAGCACUAACAUCCAAGCUUGCAUGCAUAAAAACAAACAGUGGAUACAGAAAACAGCGACAAAAGCAACAAGCCUGCAUCCUGAUAAAUAAGAAUACAGCUAGUGUUGCCUCAAGAUCUACCAUUAAUGCGCAAAAAGAACUGUCUUUUCAUCCCUCUCAUGGACAUUGUUCACAGACCUCAGUCUGACACAUGUUAGAACUGACAUGGGUGUUUCCCAGAAUUGACUGUGUUUUUUUUCUUUUUUCAUGCAACUACAGAGUGUCCUGUCACAGCAGGAAGAGGAGACUAUAUUAUAUGGGAUAGUAAGAGAAGUUCACUAUAACAAUGUAGUAGAAGAAAAGAUGCCAGAGAGAAGCGCUGUUUUAACAUUGAUGUGGUGGUGUGAUUGGCACCAAUACUACAUAGUCCUGCUUCCAUCCUGUUUGUUUUUUUUCUUUUGGGAGGGCGGGGUUUGUUGGGGGGUAAAUUAUUGAAUAAAAUGUAUACGAGCAAUUUUUGCUGGCUAACUGCAUUUGCACAAAAAAAAAAGUUUAAAGGUGGGUGACAAAGGAGUUUGGCAAAAUAUGAUUGUACUAAAGGACGAAAUUUUCCUCCACAUCUCCCCGAUUAUUUAUUUAAUUUGGAUAUUUUGGGUUUGGUAAGAAAGAAAUGUUUUUUUUUUUCUGACAACGACUGUUUCUAAAAAAAGAUUCGGAUGGGAAUGCCAUGAAGCGAACUGCAACUUAAGCCUGAAUUUUUUUCACAGCUAUUUUCUUUUUUUUUAUACAUAUAUACAUAUAUACACACAUAUAUUUUUAUGCUUUCUGCCACGCGCAAUGACACAGUCCAAACAUCAGUUUUUCUUUCCCCCCUUUGUUGUUUGGUGAAAGUGAUUUUAAGUGCUAUACUGUUGUGUAUCUUUUCUUCGGAUUACUGGAUUUUCUGCUCGGCGGAACAAGAUCAUUUAUCAAAUCUAGACAACACCACCCCCCUAAAUUUAUUUUAAAUCAUCGCCAAUGUUUUAGAAAGUACAACAGAUUAUGAAGUGGUUGAAAAACGGUACUACUCAGCUCUUUUCCCCCCACAGAAUCUCAUAAUACUAUGUGAACAACUGAGCAGAAAGUACAGUAUAUGCCCUUAAUAUACAGUAUUUGAUCUAGAUCUCACUUCAAAGGUUGGGCCAGGUUAUUCUCUGUCUGUGCUCUGCAUAUCUUUGGGGGAAAGCUUUACGAUGACCCUGCACAAGAAACACAGGGUUAAAAAAUUGCACUAGGUAAUAAUGAUGACGUUUACAGGUUUCCUGUUUUGUUUUGUUUUUGUUUUUUGUUUUUGGAAGAAAUGUGAUCUGCCAUCGAUGAAACAGAGCUGUGACCGAGUGGCUGAUGAUGAUGGAUGAAUGUAAACUGUAGCACUGCUUUAGUGAGGGCUCCAAGCCUUGACUGAAUAUGGUUAAAUACUGAAUCUAAUUUUUUUUCCUUAAUUGUACUCUUGAAAUUGGCCAUAGUAUAAAAUAAUUCUGACUGGUGUGAAGAUGAUGGAGUUUGUGAUUUUUAUUUAAAAAAACAAAACAAAAA